CAUGUGCGGCAUCUUUUGUCUGCUGAGUCUGUCGGGCGCGCGCUGUGAGCGCGACAAAACCAUUUUUAAGUCUCUGCAGAGACGAGGACCUGACUCGAGCCGCGAUGUGGCUGUUAUGGGGCCAAACUCCAGCUACUGGUGUUUAUUUUCAGCCCACCUUCUUCACAUGAGAGGCCUCUUCACCCCUCAGCCUGUUCAGGACGACGCCGGAAACAUCUUGAUGUGGAACGGAGAGAUUUUUGGAGGCUUGCCGGUGAUGCCAGAGGAGAAUGACACUGACGUCACUUGUCGGAGGUUGUCCACCUGCAAGACUCCUUCAGAGAUCCUCUCGGUCCUGAUGGCCAUCCAGGGGCCGUGGGGGUUGGUUUAUUACCAAAGAGCCGAGGACUUCCUGUGGUUUGGCAGGGACUUCUUCGGCCGGCGGAGCUUGUUGUGGAAGUUUGAAGCAGAAAUCUUGACCCUAACUUCAGUCGCAGCUCAGGUUUCUGAUGAAUCAAAUUGGAAAGAAAUCCCAGCAGUCGGUGUUUUCAGGGUCGACCUGAAGGAAGCUGCACGAUCCGGCUCCAUGAGCUUCGAAGUUUUUCCUUGGACUUACACAGGAAGUUGCCAAACAUCUCUUUGCAUUCAGAACCUACAGGAGUCUGUUCCCAGCGGCUGCAGUGUGGUUAUAAACCAAGCGGGUCUUGUCCUCAACUCUCCAGUUUGUCCUCUGAACGUGUCCCUUCCGAACCCGGUAAAAAGGACAGAGACUUGGUCAGAUUCAGGUCUAUCUGUGGAAGAUCUGUUGAGAAGCAGAGAGAAACCUGUUGAGGUGGAUCGUCUGAUUGAUGUCCUCAGUGAGGCAGUGAAGAGGAGGGUCCAGCCUCGUCCCUACAGGCCAGAGGACAACCCGCCUUCUAAUGACUCUGCAGACGUUGCGGUUCUGUUCUCAGGGGGGAUUGACUCGAUGAUCCUGGCUGUGUUAGCGGAUCGUCACAUUCCUGCUCACCAACCGAUCGACCUUCUCAACGUUGCCUUUAGGCUGCAGGAGCCCGAACAGCAGAAGAAGACUACAGAGAAACCAGAAAAGGACAAAAACAAGCCCUCAGAUUCCAAGACCGACUGGGCUCAAACGUUCAAACACUUCAACGUUCCGGACCGGCUGACCGGACGAGCCGGUCUGAAGGAACUACAGGAGCUGAAUCCUGAGAGGCGGUGGAGGUUCGUUGAGAUCAACGUGACUCAGGAGGAGCUGCAGACGAUGAGACAGGAGAGGAUUUGUCAUCUGGUGCAUCCCCUGGAGACGGUGUUGGACGACAGCAUCGGAUGUGCCGUGUGGUUCGCCGCCCGGGGGGCAGGGGUCCAAGGUCAGAAACCCUUCUCAUCAUCAGCAAAGGUAAUCCUGACGGGAAUCGGAGCUGACGAGCAGCUGGCGGGUUACUCCAGACACAGAGUCCGGUUUAAUACGUCGGGACUCGAAGCGCUGAUCCAGGAACUGGACAUGGAGCUGGGCAGGAUUUCCUCCAGGAAUUUAGGCAGAGACGACAGAGUGAUCGGAGACCACGGGAAGGAGGCCAGGUUCCCCUACCUGGACGAGGAGGUGGUGAGCUUCCUGAACUCCCUCCCCGUGUGGGAGAAGACCGACCUGUCGCUCCCCCGUGGCGUCGGAGAGAAGCUCCUCCUCCGACUGGCGGCCAGGCGGCUGGGCCUCGGCCAGUCCGCCGUCCUGCCCAAGAGGGCCAUUCAGUUUGGCUCCCGCAUCGCCAAGAUGGAGGACCGGCGUGAAAAGGCCUCGGACAGAUGCACCAGACUCCAUGCCGAUUAGAGGGUUUUUAAAUAAUCUGGGUUGAUUCAAGAUUUACUUUAAAAAAAUCUUGAAAUGGAAGAUUUUUGCUCCAAUUUCCUCUAAGCCAUGUAGGAUUUUACGUCUGGGAGCUUCUCCCUGAAGUAAAGGUCGCACUCGACGUACGAAGGCAGGUUUCCAACAUCGAAACGCCCCAAAAUCUGAUGGACGUACACCGGUUUCCUGAGGAGGAGACACAUGACUUCAGAACAGACCCCGAACCCGAUCAACGCUCCAGAACCAGCAGAACUCACCUCUGAAUGAGCCAAGACACAAAGUUCCCAGGAGCGUCUUUCUCUUCGAUCGGAGCGUCCUGCAGAGACGAGACAAGAAAGUUCUGCUUGAACUUCUUCUUUUUUUAAAACUCACGUCUUGUGUUUUGAAUUUACCUUUUUUUGUUGAAGGAAAACAUCCAGCAGAGGAAGACUCUCCUCUGAAAGUACGUAAAAACACGGACACUGGAACAGAAACGCAAGAUUACUCGACAGGUGGAGGAGAGUUUUAAGCCAAAUAAAUGAUUUAAAAACAAAUUAACCCGCUGUUUGUCCAC